UCAAGGAUUUUUCAAACAUGCAUGAGAAAAUCAAGGCAACACCCAGGUGUCAAUUUUACAUAAUGCUGCCCCUUUAACACUUUCAUAAAAGCAGAUGUUUUGUUGGUUUGCUGCUCAGGGGGAUUCAACGUGAGGUGUUGACCUCGCGGUGAAGUAGGAAGAGCUCAGGACUGAUCUUACACAAGUAAAUGUUGCUCCUUGUGAUAAUGGCUAUAACAGGCGUGUCAAACUCCAGUCUUCAAGGGCCGCUGCCUUGCAUUUUCAGAUGUGCCACUGGUCCAACACAUGGAAAUCAAAUGGCUGAAUUACCUCCUCAGUAUGUAGACAAUUUCUCCAGAGUCCUGCCAAUGACCUAAUUCUUUGAUUCAGGGGUAUUGCAGCAGAACCAUGUGUAAAAGUUGCAGGACACUGACUGUCAAGGAUUGGAGUUUUACACCUGUAGGCUAUAGGGACCAUUUUCAAAUAGUAGAGUCCAUGUUGCUGCAGAAAUACGGAUGAUUCAAAAGUCAGAUAUGUUCAGGAUAACUACCAGUCCAUUGAGUUCAGUCAGAGUGUGUGCUAAUCAGAGAAGCUCAUGACAGGAAAACUAAAGGCUGCCUUGUUGUGGAACGCUACCUAGAGAAUUGAUUUGUCUCUCCAAAGAGUCCAACAGCUCUACAUAGGUUUGAGAAUAUAUAUUAGCCGAGCCACUGCCUUUCUAUGCAAUUCUGCCAAAUUCUCCCCUCCCUUCAGUGCUCUGAACGAAGCAAAGCGUAGAACAAGGGGCUGAUUUUUACCAGUCUAUGAUUGAAUCUAACCAAACCAUGGGAUUUUGGAACAGUGUCUUUUGCAUAGGAAAGACCAAAGAGUCAGUGAGGGAGGAACUGUAGCGUCGUAACCAAAUGUGAAGGAAGGUGAUGGCUUGCUGCCAUGGGGACCUGGCCAUCUUGUAGUCAUUGACGUGACCAUGAACUGCUUCGCCAACAAAAUUUCCUGUGUCAAAUAUGAAUCCAUUUGUGACGGCUCCACCUUGACCCAAACAGGGCAAUGAUGAGAACAAAUAGUGCAAACACAACAACAACCUGUCAAUAACAAGGAAAAGAAACCCUGUGGCUGGACGUCUAAAGAAAUAUUCCUGUUGAAGGGGGAUCUAGAAGCUGUUGCAUCAGGGACUCAAUCUUUCCUUGUGUGCCAUAAGUUGAGGUGGGAGGUUUGUCUUUAGCUAAAAAAUAUUUGUAUUGAUAUAACAUAGUGAUUACAUACGUCUUUUAUCUUUAUAAUGUUUCUAGUCACAUUAGACAAAGGUUGUGUUUUCUCCCUGGGUUUUAUAGUCACUUCCCCUCAAAACUGACAUUGUGUUUUGUUAACAUUUCUUCAGAUUUCUUUGAAAAGCGUUCCAACAUGAGCUGUUGUGUUACUUCGACUCAGUUAAAUAUCUACAGGUUUCUUUCUGCACAGAGUCAGUUUGGAGGUAGACUGUACAAACUAAAACUUCACAUUGAUCUUCUAAUUUAGACCAGUGGGGAGUAAAACCAUAGAUAUUACUAAGUAUGGAACCUGUUGUUGGAAUUAACUUCACAAAAGUUAAAGUUUUUCCUUUUGCGCAAAGAAAAACACCAGAAGAGCACAAAGAUCAAGCCAGCCCCAGUAACGAGUGUCUACUUGGGAGGCCACUCGGGUCACUGUUAGAGCAGCGUUCCAGGGAGGAGGCCCAGCCGUCUCCUGCACAGGUCGGUAUGAGCUCCAGGGGGAGCGGCAGCCGAUCCAACGGCUCGCUACCACAGACCAAGAUCUGCCAGUUCAAGCUGGUGCUGCUGGGGGACAUGGCUGUGGGCAAGUCCAGCCUGGUACUACGCUUCGUCAAGGGACAGUUCGACGAGUUCCAGGAGACGACUAUAGGAGCUGCGUUCUUGGCUCAGUCGGUGUGUUUAGACGACACCACAGUGAAGUUUGAGAUCUGGGACACAGCAGGACAGGAGCGAUACCACAGCCUGGCCCCCAUGUACUACCGCGGAGCUCAGGCUGCCAUCGUCGUCUUUGAUAUCACUAAACCGGAGACCUUUGAGAGAGCUAAGGCCUGGGUGAAGGAGCUGCAGAGGCAGGCCAGUCCAAACAUUGUUAUCGCUCUGGCUGGAAACAAGGCCGACCUUGCUGAGAAAAGACUGGUAGAAUAUGAGGAAGCCCAGACAUAUGCUGAGGACACCGGUCUGCUGUUCAUGGAGACGUCUGCCAAGACAGCCAUGAACGUCAACGAGCUUUUCUUGGCUAUUGCAAAAAAGAUGCCAAAAACAGACACGCAGAACCCAACACACGCAGCACGACAUCGGGGAGUGAACCUCCAGGAUCCAGAUGCCCACUCCACCCGAGCCUGCUGCGGUGGGAACUAAAGCUCCUGAACCACCCCGCUGCGUAUCAACUCCCCCAUCCAUUCUCCCCUCCACCACAGUCCUGACUCCGCCACGUCGUGUUGCAGCAACAUCCAGGGGUGAGCCUGAUGUUGGGAAACCUGACGUCCGCUCCCCUCUGUGCGUUGCGUCCAUCCUCCAGCCCAAGCAGACAGAAACUCAAAGGAACGGUUAAGACAGAAGAAGAAUGGUGCCAAUUGAAUUAAGGGCGGGCACUUGAGUUUGCCCACCAGACUUGGAGAUUUUACUUUUGGAAAUAACAGGCGAAGACCAAGAUUGAGGAUUGCAAAACGAAGGAAUGUGCAAGGCAGUGGCAGUUCUGUUGUAGUAUUUAGCACUAAUUGUGAAAAUCCUGUUUCUCUCUGCCUUGCAUCAGUUUACCCACUGUCCUGUUGCAUAAACUGAACAGCACAUUCUUGUGAGUGGACAGAAACCAUUAGAAAAGGGAGCUUUCUUCUUCUUUGUGGAGCUUGCUUUGUCUCAUUUUGAACUGAUCGAAGUCUGCUGUGAAUACUGCCCCAUAACACUGUCCUGGAAUGAUCUGUAACCCUUCUGUCAUGCUUGAAAAGAUCCAUAUCACAAUUUCUCAAGUGUGUCAGCCUGGUCAAAUUUCUAGUGUGAUGGUUUAGACUUCAUUGCCUUCCGGCUGUAAUAUUCCAGCCUGUCAUGUCCUGUAGUCUAGGUAGAAACUUAAAUUCACUACAUGAGGCCAACGUGUUAGCUCACACAAAGCUAAAUCUGUUUGUAUUUUAGGUAUUUAAGAUGCAAUGUUGAGAAACUCCCUGCAGUCAGUGCAUGAGCAGUGAUAAAGAAAGAGGGGAAACUUUACCACAACACUAUGGCCUUGAUGUGGAGGGGAGGUUGGGCACUAAACACAGUGAACAGCGGGGAAAUCCAAAGGGUUCAGAUUGGCAUCAAAUACCAGAAUCCUGCUGUGAGUAGAUCUCUUAAACCAACUGAAGGGCUGCAUUGAGUAAUAGAGGUGAUUUGACUGCAGAUAAUACCAUGGUGUCUGCUUCUGUGCAUGUAAAAAUUCUCGCCUCAGAUCACCGAUAUCCUGGGGUUGUUUGUUUAGUUAUGUGGAGGAAAGCAGAAAAGAUCUAAAAUGAAGCUCAAAAUAACCCACGUUUCCCUGUGGGAUCUUUUCUGCCCGUCUUCUGGUAUGUUUCCCUCGUUUGUCUCUUGUCACGGUGAUCUUAGAUGGUUUUAUGAAUUAACUUAUUUUCAGACAAUGCUCUUGAAACGAGUUAGGCGUGCUUGUUAGCUGUCAAACCUCGCAGAAGAAAACAGGACAAAAAAAAUUUGUUGGUAAAACACGAGAACAGAAGUGCCUACUCCAAGUUUUCUUUUUCCUUGGUGUGACUUUUUUUUUGUGGACAGGGCGCAGGAAAAGCACUUCCCUGACACUGGCUCGUAUUUAAAACAACAUGGCGCCUUGUUGUUAAGCUACACUGUAAUGGCUCUUUGAAUGGAUGUAAAGAGAUCUUGUCAAAGACACUGUAUGUCAUAUAUUGUCCUUAUUUUAAUGAAAGUGUAUGUUGACUUUAGCAGAUCACACUUGUAAACCUGGAAUGGAUUGUUCAAAGGACUCUAAUCAGUGUUAUAAAUCUAUUUGAUUUAAAUCAACA